CCGCCCCUCCCCCCGCCUCCUUUAUGCCCCUCCCCCCUCCUCCCCUCUGGUUGGAAAGUUUCUAGAAUCUCUUCCCAGCGGCCUUUGCGGUUCCAACAUGGCGGAGCUGACGGUGGAGGUUCGUGGCUCCAACGGGGCUUUCUACAAGGGAUUUAUCAAAGAUGUUCAUGAAGACUCCCUCACAGUUGUUUUUGAGAACAACUGGCAGCCAGAACGCCAGGUUCCAUUUAAUGAAGUUAGAUUACCACCACCGCCUGAUAUAAAAAAAGAAAUUAGUGAAGGAGAUGAAGUAGAGGUGUAUUCAAGAGCAAAUGACCAAGAACCAUGUGGAUGGUGGUUGGCUAAAGUUCGAAUGAUGAAAGGAGAGUUUUAUGUCAUUGAAUAUGCUGCUUGUGAUGCCACUUACAAUGAAAUAGUCACAUUUGAACGACUUCGGCCUGUCAAUCAAAAUAAAACUGUCAAAAAAAAUACCUUCUUUAAAUGCACAGUGGAUGUUCCUGAGGAUUUGAGAGAGGCGUGUGCUAAUGAAAAUGCACAUAAAGAUUUUAAGAAAGCAGUAGGAGCAUGCAGAAUUUUUUACCAUCCAGAAACCACACAGCUAAUGAUACUGUCUGCCAGUGAAGCAACUGUGAAGAGAGUAAACAUUUUAAGUGACAUGCAUUUGCGAAGUAUUCGUACGAAGUUGAUGCUUAUGUCCAGAAAUGAAGAGGCCACUAAGCAUUUAGAAUGCACAAAACAACUUGCGGCAGCUUUUCAUGAGGAAUUUGUUGUGAGAGAAGAUCUAAUGGGCCUGGCAAUAGGAACACAUGGUAGUAACAUACAGCAAGCUAGGAAGGUUCCUGGAGUUACAGCUAUUGAGCUAGAUGAAGAUACUGGCACAUUCAGAAUCUAUGGAGAGAGUGCUGAUGCUGUAAAAAAGGCUAGAGGUUUCUUGGAAUUUGUGGAGGAUUUUAUUCAGGUUCCUAGGAAUCUUGUUGGAAAAGUAAUUGGAAAAAAUGGCAAAGUUAUUCAGGAAAUAGUGGACAAAUCUGGUGUGGUUCGGGUGAGAAUUGAAGGAGACAAUGAAAAUAAACUACCUAGAGAAGAUGGUAUGGUUCCAUUUGUAUUUGUUGGCACUAAAGAAAGCAUCGGAAAUGUGCAAGUUCUUUUAGAGUACCAUAUUGCUUAUCUAAAGGAAGUAGAACAGCUAAGAAUGGAACGCCUACAGAUUGAUGAACAGCUACGACAGAUUGGUAUGGGUUUCAGACCUUCUUCCACCAGAGGGCCUGAAAAGGAAAAAGGAUAUGCCACUGAUGAAAGUACCGUCUCUUCUGUACAAGGUUCUAGGUCUUAUAGUGGAAGAGGCAGAGGUCGUCGGGGCCCUAAUUACACCUCCGGUUAUGGUACAAACUCUGAGCUGUCUAACCCCUCUGAAACAGAAUCUGAGCGUAAAGACGAGCUGAGUGAUUGGUCAUUGGCAGGAGAAGAUGAUCGAGAGAGCCGACAUCAGCGUGACAGUAGGAGACGCCCAGGAGGAAGAGGGAGAAGUGUUUCAGGGGGUCGAGGUCGUGGUGGACCACGUGGUGGCAAAUCCUCCAUCAGUUCUGUGCUCAAAGAUCCAGACAGCAAUCCAUACAGCUUACUUGAUAAUACAGAAUCUGAUCAGACUGCAGACACUGAUGCCAGCGAAUCUCAUCACAGUACUAACCGUCGUAGGCGGUCUCGUAGACGAAGGACUGAUGAAGAUGCUGUUCUGAUGGAUGGGAUGACUGAAUCUGAUACAGCUUCAGUUAACGAAAAUGGGCUAGAUGAUAGUGAAAAAAAACCCCAGCGACGCAAUCGUAGCCGCAGGCGUCGUUUCAGGGGUCAGGCAGAAGAUAGACAGCCAGUCACAGUUGCAGAUUAUAUUUCUAGAGCUGAGUCUCAGAGCAGACAAAGAAACAUCCCAAGGGAAACUUUGGCUAAAAACAAGAAAGAAAUGGCAAAAGAUGUGAUUGAAGAGCAUGGUCCUUCAGAAAAGGCAAUAAAUGGCCCAACUAGUGCUUCUGGCGAUGAAAUUUCUAAGCUACAGCGUACUCCAGGAGAAGAAAAGAUUAAUACCUUAAAAGAAGAAAACACUCAAGAAGCAGCAGUCCUGAAUGGUGUUUCAUAAACUGAAGAAGUUCCUAGUUUACAGUUCUUUUACAUUACAUUUUACAAUAGUGCUUGUACAAGCUUGCCAAAGAUAGAAUAUGGAUCGCCAGUCUUUACAUCGCACUUUCAGUUCCUCCAUUUGGAAUUCAGAAAGGGGAGGGAUCCUGAAGAAAUCAUAUGUUAAACAUACUUUGACACCUACUGUGUUAUAAAAUAUAUCAUCAGAUGUGCCUUGAGAAUAGUAUAUGUAACAUUAAAAAAAGUUGCUGGCUAUAGGAAAUGUUAUUUUGUUUUCAAAAUAUGGCAGAGAUGGGGGGAGGAGGGUGGGGUGGGAUCCCUAACGUAAUAUUCUUUAUGAAAGCAUUAGCUGCUUUUGUUACAUUUUUAAUAAUAUGCAACCACUUCUUCACCUGAGGAAAACUAGAAUGAAAUGCAGUCUAAAAUAUUUUGCACUGAAUUGUAAUUCUUCAUUAGUUUAGUCUGGAAACUGGUCUGUUUUAAUGUGUUUUUUAAAUGCUGUAUGUUGAGGAAAAUCUGCAGACCACUGGAAUACAUUUGUUAAACUCAUCUGCAGGGACACUGGGUGAUAUUGGCAGUGACUGUUCUACAUUGAGGCUUUGUUUGGUUUAUUUAUUAAAGUGUACAGUAUUUAAAAAUCAAACAUAGCUUUAGUUAAAACACUAAGCUGAAUUAGUCAUGUCCAUUUCAGAGAUAACCUGAACUACUGAAAAGAUCAAUUUCCAGGUUUAUUCUGUAUAAAAGUACAUGUUAGUCUUCAGUAGAGUAUCUUUUCCUUUUUUUUUCUUUUUCUUUUCCUUUUUUUCUUUUUUCUUUUUCUUUUUUCUUUUUUCUUUUUUGAUUUUGGUUGUUUGAUGUGCAAUAUGUUUUUGUAUGCAGGUAGUAAAUAAACUUUGAUCUUCCAUUUGCUGAUUUUUAACUUUCUACUUUUUAUACCAGUAUACUUUUUAUAGCAUAGUAGUUGGAACUAGUAAUAGGCCUAGAAUAGUUAUCCUAAUUGCUUUUAAAAAAGCAUUACUUGCUCAUAAAUAGUAUAAAAAUAUUAAUUGAUGAGUUAAUUAUUUUGUAAUGAAACCUCUGAAAGCUUAAAAUUUAGUCUGUUAGAAUAGAUUGGCUUAGGGAAUUGGUCAUACAUUUAAUAAUUAGGAAAAGUUUUAUAAUCUACUCAAAGGCAACUUUUGGAAGGCAGUGGGAUAAAAUGCAGAAUUUUACUUUGGCCUUUGAUAAUUUACUAAAAAAUAUUUUUAUAAAUCAGAAUGGUGAGCAAUUUUUAAGUAAGAAGUAGACCAUGAACUUGGUUUUUGAUUCUCAAGGAAAUAAUUUUGAAGAUUGUCAAACUAAUGAUUGUAUUUUUUGUAUAUAUUUUAGCCACAUUACUUAAUUUUAGGAAGAUGAAGACUUCACAUAAAGUGUUUCAAAGAGUAAUAAUGAUAUAAUUAUGCAGAUAAUUGUGAGGUCAUAUCAGAUAAUUGUGGAUUUACUGGAGGAUUUUUUUCUAUAGUGGUAUAUAUAGACCACUGAGCAAGAAAGACAGCCCUUUCUGUCACUUGAUGUUUGAAAGUGUUUUUUAUGUGCAUAAUUUGUGUUAAUUUGUUAUGUGCAUAAAACUGUUAAGUGGUUUUAGUUCAUUUAUAAUGGCUGAAAGACAUUUCAAGGUAUUGCUAAAAAUGUAAUAAUUGUCAGGUCAGUGUACAUAUAACCCUAGACCUCACGUUUAUUAUCACUGAGGUUAACAUGUGAUGGCAUUAACUGCAUUUCCCUAAAAUCCUAAUAAUAGAAUUUAUAAGUAAGGUGUGGUAUGAAUAGUGCAAUCCUUGGAUUUUGAAUAACAGUAUCAAAUCAUAUCCUGAGUUUUAAAAAAAACUUAACCCACAGAUGUCUUUUUUAACCAUCAAAAGAAAGAAGUAAAACUGUUGGCCUUUUAAUUCUUGUCUAGAGUAACAGGGUUACAGAUUAAUUACAAGUUAAGAGAAUUUUCAUUAAUCCCCAAAGUGGUAAAUACGGUGUAAAGAAAAAAAUGAUUUUUCAUUUUCUUUCAUGUAGAAUAGAUUCACUAAGAUUCUUCUGCCAUAAAGAUUGUUUCACUGAGAAAGUAACCUAAAACCAUCUUAGAAAGUGGGUAUUAUACAAUCAGUUGUUCAGAAUAACCACAUUCUAGGAAAUAAGUAUCAAGAUUUCAUUAUUUACAAGUGACUAAACCCAGCAUCUUCUGUACUGCAGAACCAUGAGUGUUUUCUUGGGUAAAUACCGUAUACUCUGAUUCAGAAAAGCCUAUUCCCCAAAGGCGAUAGCUAUUGGUGAUUAGGUAGCCCACCAGAUUAUUUGAGAGGGAUGUAUGUUUUGGCUACUACACCAGUUAAGUGAGAUGUUGCUCUGGGAAAACUUACUGCUGUUAGUCCAUGCUAAAAGACACUCAACAGAAAAGCCCCAAACGUCUUGUGCAACCCCCAUAUUUCAGUAUACUUAGGUGAAAUCACAUCUGGAAGCUUAUUAAGAUUAUGUGGGGAUAAAAAUCUUUUCCUGAAACUUUGGCAAGCCUAGGAUCUUGGGUUUGGCAUUACCUUUUCAUUUCAUUAUUUUUUAAAGAUUUUAAGUAAUGUCUACAUCGGACGUGGGGCUCAAAUUCACAAUCCUGAGAUGGAGUUGCAUGCUCUACCAACUGAGUGAGCCAAGUGCCCAUGGAAUCACCUUUUUAAAGCCUUCAGUGGGCCUAAAACUUGCAAAAUGGUGUGUAUGGGUCUUUGUUGAUAGAUCAGUCACCUUUGGUAAAACAGUCACCUUUGGUAAAAUUGUACUAAGAAUACACCAAUUUUUAAGUCGUUUUGUGUAUUUUAAUGAGUUAAGCAGCACAUCAAACUGUUCGUGAAAACCUCAGACAUUCCUUAGAACAAGACUGAGGGAAGUUGCCUAAAUAGUUGUGCAAAACAAAUACAGGUACACGUACGGAAGCAAAAUAUCUAAGAACAGAGACACUAAUAAGUUACUGAGGAAGAGGCAAAAGUAGCUGGUAUUUUAUUGUUUUCUGGAUCUCCAUGUCAGCCAUUCUUUAGUAGCUUGGGUCCAUCCAUCACCUCGAUGCUAACAUCGGGUAUUUUUGUAGCUGUUAUUUGCUAGAAAUCUGAUUUGUAAUUUGAGAGAGGUCUCUGCGAGUUGGCAUAUUAACAAUGUUGCACUUAGAUUGGAUAAUAGUACCAGAUACAACUUAACACAGAUUUGCAUUUUCUUGAGGUUGAAAUCAACCUAGUUUUCCUAUAGGCUAUGCCUACAAUAAAGCUUUUAAUCUAAGGAAGGACAGAUGAAUGGAAAACCUGAUUGUAAUGCAUUAAGCCCUGUACUGGUGAUUAUUGGAGAGUAAAGGUAAAUUACUUUUACACUUGGAUUUUCUAAAAGGCUUUAAGGAAUUUGGAUUGAACUGGAUCUCUGUGUUUGGCAUUAUUCCAAAAGAUAAAAGGAUGGUGUGAAUCCUCACUGAGUUUCCUACCUUUGCUAUUAUGGUUUGGAUCCCCUAUACCUUUUUUCUUUUGAGAGAGUGCACACGCAGGCAGGGGACGGGCAGAGAGAGAGAAUCCCAAGCAGGCUCUGCUCUUGGGAUCAUGACCUGAGCUGAAUUGAAAAUCAAGAGACUCUCAAUGGACCCAGCCACUCAGGGGCCCCUCCCAGGAUCCCCUAUACUUUUUUAUAAGGACAUCUGGUAUAGUGAAUUUGGGGACUCCUUUUUUAAACUUUGUUUUAUUAGAAAGCUUUCUUGAAUGGAUAGUAGUCACAACCUUUGAUAGCAUUUGGGUUUUAUUUCAGAAACUCAAAGCAACAAUCAGUCUGCUAUAUAUAGUUAAAUUUUGGCAAGUGGUAGUAAUUUGAAGUUGCACUCAACUUGUUGAAAGUCCGAUAUGUUGAAAUAUAGGAGAUUGCCACUAGCUGACCAUUUUUGACCUACAAACGUGGCAUUUUCUUAUGUAUGGUUUUUUAAGUAUGAUCAUUUUACUCUAGAAAUCAACCAAGAGUCUAAUCAUCCUGAAAACCCCUUAUUGGUGAGAGAGAUACAUACUCAAAUAUAUUGUUUUUUAAAAGGUUAUCAGCGGAUCACGUUGUAAAGAAUCAUCUGUACCUUCUAUAUUACUACUUCAAGUACUGAAAUGUGUAGACUAUCAUGUAGCUUUCUCUUUAAGAGGAUCUCCACCAAUACAUUUGGUUUGCAUAUUACUUCUUUGGUAAUUUGAAAAUUGCAGGUAUAGAUUUAUAGAAUUGGGAGCUUCUGUGUACUUAAACCAGACAUUUCCAACUAUGCCAUGUGCAGUCUAAAGAUAGCAAAAAGCAAGGGCAAGAUUAUUUUUCACUGAUCUCAGUCUUAAAGCCCCACUAUUCCCUAGUAUACUAGUUAAUAACUUGCCAAAUUUCUUUGUUUCAGUGAUUGGUAAAUUUUUCUUGGGGUGAAACUACAGGGGUAUUCUGUGAAUAAUUUUGUAACUUUUUUACUUGCAUUGUCAAAAGUAGUUGCUCAUUUUUUAAUUUAGAGAGUAUUGCAAAAAAUUUCCCACAGUUUUUGUGGAUAAACCAAUUUAUAUUGCCUUGGAGCUUGCGUCAACCUGUUUGAGUUUCAUUUUCAACCUGCCCAUUUUCAGGUUGUAAAGAAGAAUGGAAACAUUACUUUUGACAUGCCAUUAAUUGCACUUGUACUAAGGUAACAGCAAGUGUUAACAUAUUCAUAUUAGACCUUAACACUGGAUUGUAGACAUUGUCUUUUGGUCAGGAAAAACUAGUAACACUGGAUAGAAGCUCCUAUAUUCUGUUGCUAAGGCAACACUUGGCUUUGGCUGUAAGCAGAGAUACACAGUACUCUUAACAGUGCCAAGAGCAAAAGGAGCUUAGGUCAUUGACGUUUCCUGGUACUCAAGGUUACUUUCAGUCCAAGAUUCUCUUUUAUAACCAAAAACCCACUCUAACAUUUUAAACAGUGUUUUUGUACUUUAUCUCAUUUAGAUAUUUUUUUCUAUCCUGUUCUCCCAUUGAAACAACUGUUUCAAUUCUAGCCUGAGUGUUGAAACUUAAAUGUGACUUGUCAACUCUGAAGCAUUCUGCCUGAGUGAAUUUUUUAAAUAAUCAUUUCUGACGCAGGGUUUAAGGUAAGGUGUACAUUUUCAGUACGCUGAAUAUAACUGUAGUGUGGCACAGUUAACAUGCUUAGGGUUUUACCCCUGUAUUAAAGAUGCUAGUUACCUACUUUUUACUUCUAGCUGCCUUAUGCCCUUUUUUGCUUCGAUUCUAGAGUAAGGAUAGCAGAGAAAACCAUAUAACCAAUCUUCUAGAAUUAGAAUACAUAUGUAUGGAUAUUCCACCUAUUUUCACACAAGUUCUUGAAUGGUUUGGGUGUUCUGGGAUACUGAUUUUGUAGAACUGGAAUUUUCUUUAAGUUUAUUUUGAGAAAGAGAGCACAAGUGGGGGAGGGUCAGAGAGAAGUAGAACCAGAAUCCCAAGCAAGACUCUGCAAUAUCAGUGCAGAGCCUGAUGUGGGGCUUGAACUCAAAAAUGGUGAAACCAUGACCUCAGUUGAGAUCAAGACUUGGACGCUUAACCAACUGCGCCACCCAAGCAUCCCAAUUUUUUUUUCCCCCCAUAGGUAUUUUCAUCAUUUGGAAAAUAAGAGAGGAAAAAGGUUUAACUUUGAGGACCACUUAUCAUACCCUACUUUCCUCACCAACAAAGCAUUUUUUAUAAAGCAGCAUAGGACUCAUAAUGUCAACUCUGAGGCAGUCAAGGCAAAAUUAGGGGAACUAUAUCUCUGGUAUGCCAGAUAUUCCUAUGUCCCAGUGUUGUGUUCAUACCUCCACUUCCCCCCACCCCACCCUUAAAAAACCAUUUGAGUACCUACUGAUAAAAAGGCCCCAAGCUGAAGGUGUAAGGACAAAGUCCCAGACUCAAAUUUCCUUACCACUAAGGCAAAUAUCCCUGGGUUUUCAAAUAUGUGAAGGGUACCACAGUGCAGAGGUUAACAAAGCAUGGAACUUUAGGUUUGAGAAAGAUCAGCCUUCUCAUUCAGAAUGCUGUUUUGGGUAAAUUACUUAAUCUCACUAUUGUUUCCUUGUGAAACGCUUAAAUGCUUACUUGUCUAGCACACUGUUAAGUAGUCAACGUUAACAUUACACAUCAAGUAUUUCAUUAAAAAAAAAAAUAUUAAAAGAGGAAGGCUUUUUUACACAGAUCAUACUUGAAUCAAUUACCCACUAUGAUCUGGAAGCCCUCUGUCAAGUGACCUUUCCCCAAGAAAAAUGGUAGGAGUGCUUAAUAGCCUACAAUGAAAUGUGGAUUCUUCUAUUUAAGGUAAGCCUAGAGGAAAUAAAACUGAUUACUGUGAAAGAAAAACAUGCUUUGUUGUGCUCAGUGUUAUUUUAAAGCAUUUUUCAUUGUCUUAAUAUUUGCCUUUAAACAGGUGUGCUAUUUGUAUUACACACCUAAAAAUAUACCUACUACAUGACGUUUUCCCUUUCAAGGUUCAUGCUUGACUGCCUGUGGGCCUAUUAACACUCUAUUUGUCUUUCAAAAAUUUGUUUUUAGUUUUAAUUGAUAAUAUCUCUUAAAGCUCUUGUUCAAGAAACUUGAUUAGUCGAAAAGACUGAAAUAAAAGGUUAGUAAGCCAAAAUACA